AUACAAAAGUUCCAAACUUAGGCCGAGUUAGGCACGAGUGUGGACGCUAGUAGCGGGGGAAGUCACGGAAGCUCGCACGAGAGAGUGGAGAGAAAGAGAUCUGCCAAGAGUGAGAGAGAGCGGGGCAGCUAAAAACCUACCGGACCGACUCUGCAACGCAGCGGACUCGCGCCGGACGGACGGACGGAAGGAAGGAAGGAAAGAAAGGCGGAGCCAACACUGCGGUAUCCGAAUUUUUAGACACUCCUCGCCCGACAGCAGCGGACGCAUCAUCACCACCCUCCUCUCGUCAUUUCGCACACUUCUGGGUGUAUUACAGGUUCUGGGUCUGCAGAUGAAGCAUCUACACAUCCGCCUGCGUUGGGGGCAACGGUGCUUCAGCGACCCGGUUUCUUCUUGUGGCAGGGAGGCUCGUAGGUCGGUGUUUUGAGCGGCCUCGUUGUGGUGCACUGGUGCGCGUUAAUCUCCGGUAUUCGGCUUCCUUCAGCUGUCCUGUCAAAGCGACGAGAGUGUAUUACAGUGUGUCGAGCGUGAUUUAGGUGUUGUGACACGGAAAUCUGUGACAUGGGGAACACAAGCGCAAGGCCUAGGGAUGGCCGCAAACAUAAAGCAAGCCAGGGGAACGAUAGCGUGCAACCAAAGAGCCACCAGGGAAGCAGCCAUGGCGAUAGCGGUCAUCCUGGGGGUAGCCAUCGGGGAGGUAGCUACGGUGGGAGUCAAUCUCGUCAUGUGCCGAAAAUGAAAUCAUCUUCAACAGGGAUCUUGGGUAAACCCCUAAGGGAUAUUAAACUACACUAUACUUUGGGCCGGGAGCUUGGCCGAGGCCAGUUUGGGGUGACCUACUUGUGUACCGACAAAGAGACCGGAAUUUCAUACGCCUGUAAAACCAUAGCCAAGCGGAAGCUAACCAACAAGGAUGAUAUCGAGGAUGUCAAGCGGGAGGUUCAGAUUAUGCAUCACCUGUCGGGGACCCCUAACAUCGUGGAAUUGAAGGAUGUGUUUGAGGACAAGCAGAAUGUGAAUCUCGUAAUGGAGCUCUGUGCAGGUGGGGAGCUCUUUGAUCGCAUCAUUGCGAAGGGGCAUUACAGUGAGCGAGACGCUGCCGAUAUGUGCAGGGUCAUUGUAACCGUAGUGCACAGAUGCCACUCCUUGGGGGUAUUCCACCGGGAUCUUAAGCCAGAGAACUUCUUGUUAGCCAGCAAGGAUAAGAAUGCACCACUGAAGGCCACGGAUUUUGGUCUGUCAAUUUUCUUCAAGCCCGGGGAUGAGUUCCACGACAUUGUUGGAAGUGCGUACUAUGUGGCUCCGGAGGUCUUGAAGAGGAGCUACGGGCCCGAAGCUGACGUUUGGAGCGCAGGUGUGAUAGUGUACAUUCUGUUGUGUGGGGUCCCACCGUUCUGGGCCGAGACAGAGAAAGAAAUUUUCGAUACGAUCAUGCGAGGGCACAUUGACUUCAAGAGCGACCCAUGGCCGAAGAUCUCGGACGAGGCGAAGGAUCUGGUGAAGAAAAUGUUGAACUCUAAUGUGAAGGAGCGUCUGACUGCACAGGAGGUGUUGAACCAUCCAUGGAUGCAGAGGGACGGUGUUCCCGACGUACCACUAGACAAUGCGGUGUUGACUAGACUGAGGAACUUUUCAGCUGCAAACAAGAUGAAGAAGCUGGCUUUGAAGGUGAUAGCAGACAACUUGUCGGAGGAAGAGAUCGUAGGGUUGAGAGAAUUGUUCAAAUCCAUAGAUACCGAUAACAGCGGUACCGUCACGAUUGAUGAGUUGAAGAAAGGAUUGUUAAAGCAGGGCACUAGGCUCACUGAAGCGGACGUUAGGAAGUUGAUGGAAGCUGCUGACGUCGACGGGAAUGGAAAGAUAGAUUUCAACGAGUUCAUAUCGGCAACGAUGCACAUGAACAAGACCCAGAAAGAGGAUCACCUUCACGCCGCAUUCCAGCACUUUGAUACGGACAACAGUGGAUAUAUUACUAUAUAUGAGCUGCAAGAAGCAAUGGAGAAGCAAGGGAUGGGAGACCCCGAGACACUUCAAGAGAUCAUCAACGAGGUGGACACAGACCACGACGGAAGAAUAGACUACGACGAGUUCGUAGCCAUGAUGCGGAAAGGCAAUCCUGGAACAGAAGACGGCGGAAACCUGAAGAGUCCCAGACACAGGUGGUAGAUCUGUCCACAUCUCCAGUUCGCCGUUGAGCCCAAUCAGGGAACAGAUGAUAUUAACUAGAAAAGUGCUAAAGCAGUUCUGGUAGACAUGUGAGCGGGACGGAUUUUCAUACUCUUCAGCGUAAGGUGACACUGAAAACAUAUCAGGGGUUUGUAAUGCUGUCCCUCGACGUAUAUGGCCUCCCCACCCCGCUCCACAUACACGCCGAAGUUCGUUGCCUCUCCUCGCUACAUUCUAGAGUAACUGCAGCCACAUGAUUCAUUACACGUGAGUGGUCUUCUUCUUCAUGACUUGGUAUAGUUUUCAAAAUUGUAAACCCCUUCACAUGAGCAUGGAUACAAAUUCAUUGGACAUCCAAGUACUUUUGAUAUCCAAAUUAAACAGUUGGUUUUCUGAUUC